UCGGUGAGGAGCGUUCGAACGCGCGAGACGUCGACUUUUAGUGAGUGCGCAGAUGCCCGCGCGACGUACUUUUACUUAGCCGGUACUUUGCGUGAUUUACGUUCCAGUGGUACUACUUACAGACAUUCUCUAGUGCUUCGUUAAUAUUAAUUUAUUGUUUAAUUAACUUAAUUAAAAUGUACUGUGCCAUGGUAGUUGUGUUUUGUUUUUGGGCUGCAGUACUACUGUCCAGGGUGUUCGGGGAGGAGAUGAUGGUGGGCAACAGCAUUAAUAAGCCGAGAAAGGGGGUGCAGCCGCUCUGGGUGCAAGUCAAUACAAAUAGCGAUCACGUGCGAUGUUUUUGCAACUUACCGCCGUGCGUCGCCACCGGUUACAUGUGCAAGUCCAGCAGCGGGGGCUGUUUUUCCGAUUUGGUAAACUCCACCAAAACGGCUACUUAUCGAGCUAGACACGGCUGCAUAGAAUACCUUACAGAGGCUCAAAGGUAUGAAUGCCCCAUCGGUGAUAAAGAUGGUCAGAUUCAUAGGAUAGAGGGACGUAGGUCUUUGAUGGUGUGCUGUACGAAUGAUAUGUGCAACCAUAUCGAUAAUCCUACCACCAGGAGUUUGUUUAAUAGUACUUUAGAUGCUGAUGUAAAAAGAAACCAAGAUCAAGAAAUCUACUUAUACUCGAAUUCAGAGGUGUGGUUCAGGGCGGCCACCAUAGCGGUACCCAUUUGCGGUGCCGUCAUACUCUUCGUCCUGAUCGCUUUGGCUGUGAAAAUUUUAAAAAGCGAAAACCAGAAUUCCUCCAAUAAACUUGGUCCUGCCCUCUACGUGGUACCGUCGGAACAAAAAUCCGACAGAUGGUCGGACCACCCUUACAAACCGUGCACAAUAAAGAAAUCGUACUACUCCCAAGUGCACCCGAGCGCCUUUUUAGUGCGGCAAGACCAGCCAGAGGACGCGGAGGAGAGGCCUUAUCACGUGCCCCUGCUGGUUCCCAGCCGUUUGGGCAGCAUUAGCGACAGUAAAAACGCCAAACGGAAUUUACUGCGGUGCGACUCCGAUUCCAGCAUUAUGCAUCUGGACUUGGAGAAGUCCAGCGAGGACUUUUUGGUGAACGCGAAUAUUAACGGCACCGAAGUGGACAAGUUUAGUAAGGACGAGAAACUUUUAAUGGCGUAAUCGUUACGCUGCUGUAAUUAUUGAACUGUUCUGACUAUGACGAAAUCUCAACGUUGACUGCAAUAAGCGAAUGCUCUUUUUUAGGAUUUAAGGUCGAAACUUACCACUGACGCACGCUAUAUGAAUGUUUAUUGUUACCAAAGAGUGGGAGUUUUUAACUGUAAACGAGACGUUCCGUAUAUGGAGUAUCUGAUAUUAAGUCUAUCGUUGGCUCUUUUUUUUUUAUUCUUGAAAGUAUCGGAAAGUUGGCGGAUUUUAGUUGGGACGUUUGGGGGAAGAAUUGGGACACCCUUUAUGUUAUUUUACCGAUCAUCAACAAAUAUUAUUAAGCUCUUUUACCCUUUUGUAUUGCCAAGGAUUUCUGGAUAAAAUUGUACUUAAAAGAUGCCUUAUAUGUGUCUGAAUUUAACUAUAAAAAUCGAGUAAAAGGAGACAUUUGCCUGGUAGUUUACAGUACAAAUUGGUGAUAGAACUUUGCCCCAUUUGUUAAAUUGUACUACACGCAGUUUUCUCCUUUAUCAUAAUGUUGCUAAGACAAUCUUAGUGAUCCACGAAUUAAGGUGUGAUUAUUUGUUUGAAACACCAAUAAUAAUAUAAAAAUUUAAUAAGGUAAGCGAAUUCCAAGAAAUAGUCCAUCUUUUCUCAAAAAGACUUACAUUAAAUAGUAAUGAAAUAAACUAGUCUAAGUCACAGGUCUCAAAUUUAUUAAAUUAUUGAAGUCGGAGGAUUACACGUGUCUCGCCCAUACUAGGCAUCAUCAUCAGAUCCGCUUGUGUAUUCACUAAUUAAAAUAAGGAAAAAAGAAGCAGAGAACAACACUACACGAUACAAGUCAAGGGUAGAAAUUAAAUUAAAAUUGGUAAAAUCGAACGGAGACUAGUUACUACAUAUGAAGGGCUGAGAAGCCACUGAAGUCAGUUUUGAGAAAACUCAAAUUAAAGUUAAAUUGUUAUAAUCAAAUGCAGGCAAAAGUAUGGCAAUUCAAAACAGUUUUGUUUUAAGUGCUAGGGUUUAGACUAUCAUAAAUAUGCUAUUUAGUCUUUUUCAUAUCGAUUAUUAGGCAAUAUUUGAUAAAAGUCAUCACUUGUGCCGCCUUGGCUUCCCAUAGAAAUUAGGAGUUUAAUAAAACAUAGGAUACAAAUAAAUUAGAAAAAUGUAUUUUUCCAAUGAAAGGUGGCUUAACAAAACACUAACAGUUUGUAUAAAAAUGUCAUUUAAAUACCACUUGCAGAACUAUUCUGAGUCACUGCUAUAAACAUUGUCUUCAUGUUCUGGAUCCUCAUUUUCAUCAUCGUCAGGAUUGUGAUGUCCCUUUUGAACCGCUUCUUGCUGUUUCUGGAUGUUCUGUUUUGUGUGCACCAACCGAUUUCCCUCAUAGUCUAAUGAUCUAUAGAAUUGGUGAUGUACGAGAGGUACAAAAGGUAGGAGGCCAACAAGGUCUUUGUACUUUGAUGCUUUUAUUUUCUUUUUAUUUGGUGUUUUGUCUUCGAAGUGGACUGUAUUUCUUGUAACUUGCUCUUGUUUACGCAAAUUAAACCUAGUAGUUAGAAUAAAAAUAGUAUUUAUUAACUACAUACAAAAUUGGUAAUUAGGUUUAGUAACAGCGUAAAUUAAAAAGAACUCGAUUUGCUUGACGCGUACUUAUUUCUUGCGAGUCUUGAUUGUGUCUGUCUCUUUUUGACGCGCCGCGAUGUCACGGAACAUGAAACAGCAGCAGCCAUGGAUACUUGCGCGGUGCGGCGUUGCCGUGUUUAACAGGAAAUACUAUGUUUCACAGUUUUAUUCAGUUUUUGCACAAAGUUGUUAUAUUUCACCGGCAUGAACAUUUGGUUUAGGGAUAAGAGAAGGCAAGGUUUUUGGAAUCCUUCUAACAUUUUUGGCAAGCAUGUUAUUCAUCCAUUCUUUAUGAACACUGGUUACGCGGCGCCGCCCCCAGUAGUGUGGGACUCAGUGUCGAGUCUGUUUCGUCCUGUACCCACUAAAACUCCAUCGCUGGGUGGUGCCUUGUGGCUCCCUACAAAGAAGCAGUCCUAUUGUGUCCCAUAUGUUUAGUCCCACAGGUUCAAUUCUGUAGCUUCAAGGAAGUCCAGCAUUGUGCCCAGUGGUAGAUUUCUUCUUUUCUCUUCCCCCAGGAAUGUUGCCCUGGUUUGAUUAAAUGCUUACAGUAUGUGAAGAGUUGUUUCGUCUUCCUCAUUGCAUCCCCUACAUAGCGAGGUAACUGAUUUCCCUAGCGUAUGCAGGUGUUUCCUGCUGGGCGCAUGGCCUGUAAAUAGCCCCGCGACCCUUCGCAGUUGUUGUCUGGAGAGGCCCGGUAUGUUCUCACCCUUCUUGAAGGGUGGGCUGCCUAUAAGUUGUUUGGAUUGUUCCAUCUUUGGCAGCUGUUCCCAGUAGGAUUUGUUCUGGUUUGUUAGCCAGUUGCCGAUUUCCCUCUUCCAGGUCUUAUCGUUGACACAACAACAUGUUGGUUCAGGGCCUACCAGGCUGUUGCUGGCUCCCUGAGUUGCAAGUUGGAUUUGCACUUGCUUCUUGCAGCCCAUAUUCUCUGCUAGGAUUAUCUCAGGCCUAUUUUGCGCUUCGGCAAGGUUCCUGAGAUCCUCCCAGCAGCUUUGCACAGUCCUUGACUUGUUGCAAAGUCUCGAACUGUUGUAGUGCAAGUGUUGCAGCCUGGCCUCCUGUGAAAAUUGCGGAGGUUGGCAGCCCUUCUCUCAUCAGUUUUGUAUUCCUAUUAUGCUUGACAAACGUCUGCGGGCAGACCCUGAGUAUCGAUUUCAAUGAAUGGCGCACGUCGAAGUUGUUCCAACUUCAACCUGUUUAUUUAGUUUAUUAUAAGGGGCCUUAUACGUUAUCUAUAAAGUUUAAAAAUAUGUAUUUGGGUAUUACGCUAAGUAAAAAAUUAAAUAAGAUGUAAAAAAUUAUCUCACGGCUUCUAAAAAAUUAAAAAAAAAGAAAAAUACAUUUUUUAGAAGCAGUAAGAUUGGUCCGUCCACAUUUAGUUUGUGAACGUUCAAAUAUUAUAAAUUUCUUCUUUUUAUAAUAUUUCUUUGUUUUACUCUCCAAAUUAAAACUACCAUUUCAUUUAAAUUUCUCCUUUUAUUAUAACCAAUUUAAUUAAUAUUUUUAUAUUAAGUCUUAACAACAACAAAUCUGCGCGUGUAGAAUAGCCUUUAAAUUUCUAAAUUCCUUUGGUUUGUGCUGAACGGAGACCAGAGAGAAGACGACUUCCUUGUUAGCACUUUUAUCAUCGCGCAUUGAUUCCAGUGUCGUGAUCUAUACGUUUAUUUCCGCAACUGUUGUCUUAAUCUUACCGCAUCACAGAUCGUGAUUUACUUAUCAAACCCGCAAUCACUCUUAGUGAUUCAACCCGAAUUGGAAGACCCAAUAAGUCCAGAGCAGGCCUGCUGAAGCUGGAUACAGACACAUUAAGGUAAGGAUCUUUAAAGGCUGGUUUUUCGACCUUUCCACAAUUACUUUUAAUCACACAAAUACAGUCCACUUUAAAUCUCUCACUGAAUUGUCUAAAUCCACCUUGUGCUUAACUAAAAAGAUAAGUAACAACUUUACAAAGGAGAAACAAAAGAAAAAGUUCUUUUUUUCUUACCAGACCAACCAAAGAUAAUUUUUUAAAUUUUAUUUAAUUUCCAACCCAACCCAACCUCACUCAAAACUAGACGAAACCACGAAAACAAGCGUUGAACGUUCAACCGUAUCGUCGAUACGAAUACAAAUUGACAAAUUCGUUUCUGGGCACAUGCACGUGCGCGAUCCAUUGAAAUCGAUACUCGGGGUCUGCCCGCAGACGUUUGUUUAUGCUUGCCUGUAAAUUUGUUGUUUCCAGGCCCAGGUGUAGCAUGAGUUGUCUGCUCUGUUGUUCGUCCUCCACCAUGCCCACAGCUACCCCGAUCUCGGAUCGUUUGGUUGCCGUGUGCCAUACUGAGUAACCUCUUUGCCUGAGCCUGUCCGCUUCUGCGUCCAGUGUCCCCUUUUCUCUUUGAUGACAAAAGGUUUUUCUGUCUGUUCUUAGGGGGCCAGACGCCCAAGGUCCUGUAUCUUGUCAAAUAAGGCAUUGUGCCCAUCUGCGCAAUUUGACAGCAGUCUUUUCGCCCUCGAUAUAGCUUCAGCCCGUACCACUAAGUGUAGCGGGCUUAGUCCUAUCAAGUUCUCUAGGGCAGCAGUCGGCGUUGUUGACAUCGCUCCUGUUAUGCCCAGACAUGCUAUUCGUUGAGUAUCUGUAUUACAGUUCUCUUUUCUGCCGCAUGCCACCAUACAGGUGCUGCGUAUGUAAUGAUGGGUCUAACCAUUGUCGUGUACAUCCAAUGUACCAUAUUUGGUGACAGUCCUCAUGAUCUACUGAACAUUCUCUAACAGUACAUAAGAGUUUUCGUGGCUUUAUUUGUAGCCUGGAUUACAUGCUUCUUGAAACUGAGUUUUUUAUCCAGGGUUAUACCUAGAUAUUUGACCUCGUCUUCAAGUCGCAGAUUUUCUCCAUAAAAUUUUUUGUUUCUAAUGGGCUCUAAUUUCCUUCUUUUGGUAAAGGAAACCAGAGUAGUUUUUGUGGGGUUUACCCUUAGUUGUUCUUCCUCACACCAGUGCUCGACAGUACAUUUUUUCGAAUACAUGAGCCUGACAACCCCCUCGUGUAAGGAUGACUAUAUCGUCAGCAUAUCCUAUAGCGAGGAUAAGCUGCCUCCGAUACAAGGUUCCACAGCAGCGGUGACAGUACGCCCCCUUGCACACUCUGGCCUUAACCGUUGUGCUGUUGAGAUUUGCUGCUAUACUUUCCUAUGAUUUAGCAUUUGGGUUAUCCAGCCGCCAAUCAUGGGAUGUAUUCCUCGUGCUGUGCUAUCGCACGGUUGAUUGAGUCAUAUGAUGCAUUGUCAAAUGCUCCCUCAAUGUUUAAGAAAGCUCCUAGGGCGAUCUCUUUGUAGUUCAGAAAUUGUUCGACCCUCUGGGUUAUCUCGUGAAUCGCAAGAUUUACCUGUUUGGUAGGCAUACUGGUGUCGAUGUUGACCCGUAAUACAUUGUCCCUGAUAUACUUUUCUAUGAGCUUUUCCUCUGUUUUUAGGAGGAAUGAUGUAAGGCAGAUUGGUCGGAAGGAUUUACUCUUAAAAGCUUUCCAGAUCCAAAGUAAGGAAGUCUUCAUCCAACAUUUUCUUCACUAAGAACUUUUUGCUAGUCGUGGCUAUAAUAUCUACCCAGUCAUUAGGAAGGAAAACACCUCUUUUUGUGUUCCUCUAGGUAUUUUCCACUUUACCAAAGUCUCGGUCACAAUGAUUAAAAGAAUGACCAGUAAGCAAAAAUUUUAGGUCGACAAUUUCAAUCUGCCUUGUGUUUACAACAUACAACCAAAAUUUUUACUGUAAGUUGGCUUUUAUUUUUUAUUUGAGUGACUGUAGAGGGCAAUGAUUUGAUGUACUGGAUUAAACACGAUACCAUUUCUUCGCAUCCUCUUGAUGCUUGCCGCCUCAUGCCAAAGAAACAUAAACGCAUCAUCGGUCCCAAUAUCAUGUACAUUACAUUAUACGUCCAUUAUUGCCUGAAGAUUAUUGCCUCAUCUUUUACUUCUUUUUUAGCACUUUCAGCCUUACGUAGGUAGACUUCUUUAGCGAUUGUUGCAGCUUGUUUAGCUUCCAGAUCUCCAUGCUCAAUAGCUAAUUUAAACUUGUCACAAUUAUUACAAGUGUCAGUAUGUGCUCGAUGGAAACUAAGAUUGAAACAUGUAUUAAAUACACACAACCAAACUUAUAUGGAAUCACCCAGUAAUUUCGCAAAAUGGAAUUUAUUUAAAAAAAUAGUCAUUGAGGAUUAAAGGGCACUUUUUCAAAACCAAGUUUAUUAAAAAAAAAAUAAUAAAACUGAUUACAAUUUUCACAAUAAUAGAACAAAAAACAAAAAGUGUAGAUUUCUAUAAAAAUGAUUUUUCUGAAUAUGACAAUUUAACAAGAAAGUUAAUUUAAAAUUAAAUGUUAAUAAUCAGUAUUGCCACCUCUAGCAUCGAUGCAAGCACGAAUUCGACGAGGCGUGCUAUUGAUCAAAUUGUCAAUGUCUUCUUGGGGAACAUUUGUCCAUUCCUCUAAAACCGCUUGAAUAAGUUGCUCAGUGUUACCAGGAGCAUUCUGGCGAGCUCUAAUCUUUCUUUUUAUCUUAUCCCAUAAGUGCUCUAUAGGAUUAAGAUCCGGUGAGCAAGAAGGCCACUCUAAAACGGCAAUACCUUCCGUUUCUAAGAAACAUU